CCUCCACACCACACCCAUGGCCUGCAACAACAUCUGCCGUCCCUGUGGACCCACCCCGCUGGCCAACAGCUGCAACGAGCCCUGUGCCCUGCAAUGCCAGGACUCCCACGUUGUCAUCAACCCUUCCCCUGUGCUGGUCACCCUGCCAGGACCCAUCAUGACCUCCUUCCCCCAGAACACCGCUGUUGGAUCCACCUCCUCGGCUGCAGUGGGCACUGAACUCAGUGUGCAGGGACAGCCCAUCUCUGGUGGCUUUGGUGGCUUUGGCUACGGCCUUGGCUAUGGCCGUGGAUUUGGCUACGGGCUGGGCUGUGGCUAUGGGCUGGGAGGCCUGGGCUGCUAUGGCAGAAGGGGUGGCUACAUCUGCUAA